UCAAGCCAACACAAUGCUUUUGUGCGCACAGGCAUAUAUAGAAGCACAGCAAUCCACACGAUUUACAACUAUAUAAUCCAAGACAUGGCGCCGUCGUCUACUUUCAUCUUGCUCCUCGCAACCUUCCUGGUCUCUUUGGCGGCUCCAUCGGAUGCCUCCACAUUUGAUCUCCGCGCCAAGCUCAACCAUCCCUACGCUGGCAGCUUGCUCUCGAACCACGACAUGCUCCGUGACGCCGCCAGGGCGAGCAAGGCCCGGCGUGCGUGGAACGCGGCGAGUAGGGUGGCUAGAGCGAGCAACUACGGCACCAUUGUGCCGAUGCCGAUCAGGCCGUUCGGCAGGUUGCACCAUACACUGACCGUCAGCAUCGGCACUCCACCACAGCCACGCACACUCAUCCUCGACACAGGCAGCGACCUCAUCUGGACACAGUGCAAGCUCUUCGAUACUAGACAACACCGCGAAAAACCUCUCUAUGACCCUGCCAAGUCCUCCUCCUUUGCCGCCGCCCCUUGCGACGGCAGGCUGUGUGAGACGGGCAGCUUCAACACCAAGAACUGCUCGAGAAACAAGUGCAUCUACACCUACAACUACGGCAGCGCCACGACCAAAGGCGAGCUGGCGUCCGAGACCUUCACCUUCGGCGAGCACCGCAGGGUCUCGGUCUCCCUCGACUUCGGGUGCGGAAAGCUCACCUCCGGUAGCCUCCCCGGAGCCUCCGGCAUCCUAGGGAUCAGCCCGGACAGGUUGUCUUUGGUCUCGCAGCUGCAGAUACCGAGGUUCUCCUACUGCCUCACUCCUUUCCUCGAUCGCAAUACGACUAGCCAUAUUUUCUUCGGGGCAAUGGCCGACCUGUCCAAGUACAGGACCACAGGGCCAAUCCAGACGACCUCACUUGUGACCAACCCAGAUGGCAGCAACUACUACUACUACGUGCCCUUGAUCGGCAUCUCUGUUGGGACGAAGAGGCUCAACGUGCCCGUGUCGAGCUUCGCCAUUGGACGCGAUGGCAGUGGUGGCACCUUCGUCGAUUCAGGAGACACGACAGGCAUGCUCCCGUCAGUGGUGAUGGAGGCCCUUAAGGAGGCUAUGGUGGAGGCCGUGAAGCUACCGGUUGUGAACGCCACGGACCAUGGCUACGAGUACGAGCUUUGCUUCCAGCUGCCGAGGAACGGCGGCGGAGCUGUGGAGACGGCGGUGCAAGUGCCGCCGCUGGUGUACCACUUCGACGGUGGUGCCGCGAUGUUGCUUCGGCGAGACAGCUACAUGGUCGAGGUGAGUGCAGGAAGAAUGUGCCUAGUGAUCAGCUCGGGUGCCCGAGGGGCUAUCAUCGGCAACUAUCAGCAACAGAAUAUGCACGUGCUCUUCGACGUGGAGAACCACGAGUUCUCCUUCGCGCCCACACAGUGCAAUCAGAUUUGAGGUGUGAAAUGAGCCUCCACUUUGGAGUGGAGUAGCCGCCUAGUGCAGAAGUAAUGAUAGUUUCCAAGGAAAUUGUCCAUCAUGCUUUAAUUUCCUACUAGUGGAUGCUGUCAGAAUAAUAAGUGGCAUCUUUUGCAAAUCACGUAAGUAUAUACUUGUCAGCUUUC